AUGUAUAGCCCAUCACCGUGUUUAACGCGAAAUGACACCUCCAGUGUCUGCGUGGGGGAUUCCAAAAACAUAAACACCUGCCGUCUCAGAGACUGCACAUGCUUCAGUUUCUGGUCCUUACAACCCAAACUAACAGUCCGGAACCCACUCGCCAUUUUUCCGAACCUGCGGAGCUCGUUCUCCAGCAGCGCGUUCGGGAUGAACGGCGGAACUCCGGAUACUGUGAUUCGGAUUCAAAGCUCCAGAGUGGACCAGAUCAUGGAGAUCCUGAGAAGAGUCAAGAGCAGUUACUACUCUGCCUUUAAGGAUGUCUGCGUCAAAGUCAAUGAGGCUGUGCUGGAAGCAGAGGACAUAGAUCUGUAUCUACGACCUCUUAGGAGACAAAUCAGCGGCUUAGAGGAGAGGAGUUUUCAACAGGUGGAAACUCUGUUGUCUCCUCUUUUUCACACUCUAUGCCUCAUAUGGAGUCAUUCCAAGUACUACUGUACACCACAGCGCAUGGUGGUCCUGCUACAGGAAUUCUGCAACCUUAUCAUUGAAAAGGCCUUUGCGUACCUCAUCCCUGAAGAACUGUUCAAGAUGGAGCUUGAGGAAGGGAUGGAGAGAGUACAGAUAAGCAUCCAUGUGCUACACACCUUCAAACAGUUGUUUCACACCUACCGUCAUCGGAUACCUAAUUACUACAAAAACAGCCAGAACAUCAAGCUGUGGGACUUUCCAGCGGCACUUGUGUUUAAACGUUCAGACUGUAUCAUGGAAAGGCUUCUCAUGAUAGAGGAACUAUUUGCAACAGCACUAGACUUUCUGAAGCUGGAGAAGGUUGAAUUAGGUGGAUCCAGAGGAAAGAUUCUCAGUGAGAUGGUCUUCAGCAUGAGUGAGGAGUUUCAUGACUGCUGGCGGACCCUGAGAGAGAGCAAAUAUGACCCUUUGGACUACACCACUGAUGAUUUUUUGCGUCACUAUAGACAUUUUGUGGAGCAGAAUAGAGACUUUGACCAAAGGCUGGCAACCAUCCUCAAUUUGGCUUUUCACCACUCCAAGAACCUGAAGUCAGCCUUUAAGCUGUUAAAGAUUUUUGGCACCCUUCUUGAGAGACCCAGAAUCCACCAGCUGUUUUCUCCAAAUUAUAAUGUGUUGCUGGCCAUGUUCAACCAGGAAAUUGAUGACUGUCAGUUUAUACUCGAUCAACACAGGGAUGGGCUGCAGGCUGGAUGUGCAGUCUUAGGAAAAAGUAUGCCGCCAGUUGCAGGUAACCUGAAAUGGUCACAGGAGCUUCGGUAUCGCAUUCUCACCAACAGGAGCAACCUCUGUGUGCUGGCAUAUGCACCAUUGGACUGUUCUGAGGCAGACGAAGUGCUUCAGAGGUGUGAACAUGUUAUCAAGACUUUGGACAGACUCGAUGAGGACAUGUUCCUGCAGUGGACUGAGGGGUUGGAGGAAAUCUGCCAAACUCACCUCAAGGAGCCUCUAUUGAAACUGGAUAUUGACACAGGCCUCUUCGAGGUCAACUUCAGUCCUGCUCUGACAUCAAUAUUAAGAGAGGUGAAGUAUUUAGGACAACUGAAGGCCCAAAACAUUCCUCCAGCAGCUAUUCAUCUCUAUUCUAAACGAGAGAGUCUAUACACGAACACACAGACACUGACUUUGGUGACUCAAUGGUACAACAAGCUCCAGAGCACCAUUUUAGCUGUAGAGUUGGGAUUAGUCAAAGAUGAGAUGAAUGGGAUGAGGCAACAACUAGAACCAGCCCUCCAGGAGCUGACCUGGGCUCAAGAUGAUCUUUGGGACUAUAUUAAGAGCACACGAGAACUGGUCAAGAGCAUUUCUAGUCGUGUCCAGAAGAGUAAAGCUAAUGUGGAAGCCAUUCAGGCCUUCAUGGGAAAAUACAGCAACAGGGCUUUCAUAAUCAGAAAGAGCCGUGAUUCUACACUUCUCAUCUUCUCUGACAUCGAGGAGAGUGUUUCUAAACAGCAUGUCCUCAUUAGUAAUACAGGGGAACAGAUUCACAAACUACUGAAGGAGAAUCAGUCUCUAUUGGGUAUGACAGAUCCAGACAGCAGUGAAUGGCAGGCCUACACAGAAUACAUUGACCAUAUGAUCCUGACGGGCUUCAGCAGUGCAGUGCGCUGCUCCCUGCAGUACCUGAUGGACAACACAGAUGUAAACCAGCGUAUAACGCCACUAUUUGAGAUCCAGCUUGUACUCAACAGCAGCGAAAUGACCUUUGAUCCCUCACUGGACCUAAGCCAAAGCGGAAACUUCUACGACAUUGUGGAUAAAAUGGUGGCAAGCAUCACCAGGAUGGCAUCUUUUAUUCCCAGAGUGGCACCACACAAAGAGCUGAAUAAUUAUCAGGUGAAGGAAUACCAGGCUUCAUUUUCAAGCUACCGUUAUCUGUGGACGGACGACAGAUCUGAAUUUAUGAGGCAGUUCCUGCUUUAUGGACACGUCCUAAGCACAGAGGAAGCCGAGCUCUAUGCUGACUAUGAACUGAAAAAGAAUCCACCCACCCUUGACAACUUUAAAGAUCAAAUCAAUUUAUUUGAGUCACUGUAUAUGCGAGUAAGCAAGAUGGAGGACAAGACAGUGUUUCGUGGCUGGCUGCAGCUAGACAUCAGACCAUUUAAGCACACACUGAUGAACAUCAUCAAAAAGUGGAGCUGGAUGUUCAAAGAGCACCUUCUCAACCAUGUAAACCAGAGUGUUAAGGAAUUAUCCCAAUUUAUCCAAGACACAGCAGCUGGUCUUUCUACAAAGGUGACAGGUGGGGAUUAUGCAGGGCUUGUAAAUAUAAUGGGACACCUCAUGGCCAUAAGAGACAGACAGAUCAGCAACGAACAGCACUUCAAACCGCUCAAGUCAACGGCUGAACUCCUCAAGACCUAUGGACAGCAACUUCCAGACAGUGUCUACACCCAGCUCGAAGAACUGCCCGAAAAGUGGAAAAGUCUCAGAAAAAUCGCCUUCACAGUCAAACACGAAGUAGCACCACUGCAGUCAAAUGAGGUUUCCGUCAUACGCCGAAAAUGUGUCCGGUUUGAGGUCAAACAACAUGAGUUCAGAGAACAAUUCCGCACUGAAGCAAUCUUUAAGAUCAAUAUAGAGGACCCAUAUAAACUAAUUGACAAGUGUAAUCGAUCUGUAGCAGUGAUGGAGAUGGAGAUGAAAAAGUUGCAGGACACUGCGGAUCUGUUUGAGGUCAGCUUCCCAGAGUACAAGCAGCUUCGACGGUGUCGCUUUGAUGUCGUACUCGUCAAAGCAGUCUGGGACAUGGUCAUCUUUGUUAAGACCAGUAUAGAGGAUUGGACCAAAACUCCAUGGAAAGAAAUCAACGUUGAGCAGAUGGAUAUGGAGCUACGGCGUUUUGCUAAAGAAAUGAAGAUGCUAGAUAAGGAGGUGCGUGCUUGGGAUGUCUAUACAGGCUUGGAAUCAACUGUGAAAAACCUGCUGACUUCUCUAAGAGCCGUCAAUGAGCUGCAAAACUCUGCCGUCAGGGAGAGACACUGGCAACAACUUAUGAACACCACAGGGGUCAGAUUUGUGAUGGGACAGGACACCACCUUGGGGGACCUGUUAGAAUUACAGCUUCAUCGUGUAGAGGACGAGGUCAAAAACAUUGUGGACAAGGCUGUGAAAGAAAUGGCAAUUGAGAAGGUUUUGGCUGAAAUAACACAGACCUGGAGUGUUAUGUCACUGUCAUACGAGACACAUAGCAGCACAGGAACCCCUCUGCUCAAAGCUGAUGAGAAUUUAAUUGAGACACUAGAAGACAACCAGAUGCAGCUGCAGAACAUUUUAAUGAGCAAGUAUGUGGAGUAUUUCCAGACAGAAGUGAGUGGCUGGCAGAGGAAGCUGAUGGUGGCUGACCUGGUCAUUUCUACCUGGAUGUCAGUCCAGAGGACCUGGGCCCAUCUUAAUAGCAUCUUCACCAACAGCCAUGACAUCCGCUGCCAGCUGGCCUAUGACGCCGAGCGCUUUCAGGGCAUACACGCUGACUUUCAGAGUUUGAUGACUGAGGUAGUGAAGAACAGCAAUGUAGUUGACGUCACUAACCAUUCAGGCUUCCUUGAAAGCCUGGAAACCUUACAGCAGAGGCUGUCUGUGUGCGAGAAGGCCCUAGCUGAGUAUUUGGAGACCAAGAGACUCACAUUCCCUAGAUUUUAUUUUGUCUCUGCCUCAGAUCUGCUAGAGAUUGUUUCCAAAGGAACACAGCCCAAACAGGUGACCAGACACUUGCUGAAGCUUUUUGACAACAUUGCAGAUCUACACUUCAAGGACUCAGACAGGGGCAGUGGAGGGGAGGAGGAUGGGGUGGCAGUUGCCAUAGGGAUGUACAGUCGCGAGGGAGAAUAUGUUGCUUUCUCAGAACCCUGUGGCUGUGAAGGACAGGCAGAGUGUUGGUUGAGUGCCUUAGAGAACACCAUGCGUUGCACAGUCCGAAAAGAGAUACAGGAGGCUGUAGCUGCGUAUGAGGACAAACCACGAGACCAGUGGCUCUUUGACUACCCUGCACAGGUUGGGUUAACUGGCAGUCAGGUGUGGUGGGCCACUGAUGUAGGUAUUGCCUUUGAGAGGGUGGAGGAAGGAUUUGAGACUGCCCUCAAAGACUACAACAAAAAACAGAUCACACAGCUCAACUCUCUGAUCCACAUGCUGCUCGGAGACCUAACUCCAGGAGACAGACAAAAAAUUAUGACUAUCUGCACUAUUGAUGUUCAUGCUCGAGACGUGGUUGCUAAUCUCAUAUCUCAAAAGGUGACGACAGGACAGGCAUUUGCAUGGCUGUCUCAGUUACGCCAUCGCUGGGAUGAAGAAACAAGACACUGUUAUGUUAACAUCUGUGAUGCCCAGUUUCAGUUCAGCUACGAAUACCUUGGAAACACUAACAGACUGGUCAUCACCCCACUGACAGAUAGGUGUUACAUAACUCUGACCCAGUCCCUUCAUCUGACAAUGAGUGGUGCCCCAUCAGGUCCAGCUGGGACAGGUAAAACAGAGACUACUAAGGACCUUGGACGCUCCCUCGGCAUCAUGGUAUACGUGUUCAACUGCUCAGAACAAAUGGACUACAAGUCUAUAGGUAACAUCUACAAGGGUCUGGCUCAGACAGGAGUGUGGGGUUGCUUCGAUGAGUUCAAUCGGAUCUCGGUGGACGUUCUGUCUGUGGUUGCUGUGCAGGUCAAGACUAUACAAGAUGCUGUGCGCAACAAAAAACAGAGGUUUCAUUUUCUGGGAGAAGAAAUUGAACUGAAGCCAACAGUGGGGAUAUUUAUCACUCUAAACCCAGGAUAUGCUGGCAGGGCUGAACUUCCAGAGAAUCUAAAGGCUCUAUUCAGGCCCUGUGCAAUGGUUAUCCCAGACUUUGAGCUCAUCUGUGAAAUCAUGUUAGUGGCUGAGGGAUUCAUUGAUGCACGUCUAUUAGCACGCAAGUUCAUAAGUCUCUACACCCUCUGUAAGGAGCUGCUGUCCAAACAGGAUCAUUAUGACUGGGGUUUACGAGCAAUCAAAUCAGUCCUGGUUGUUGCUGGAUCACUUAAGAGAGAGGAACGGAGCAGGCCCGAAGAACAAGUGCUGAUGCGGGCACUUAGGGACUUCAACCUGCCAAAGAUUGUGACCAGUGAUGUACCCAUAUUCCUUGGGUUGAUCAGUGACCUGUUUCCUCAGCUGGAUGUGCCCAGGAAGAGAGACCCAACACUGGAAAAAUCUGUCCGCCAGUCAGUCAGUGAGCUGCGACUGCAGCCUGAGGAAAACUUCAUUCUUAAGGUGACCCAGUUGGAGGAGCUGCUGGCUGUCAGACAUUCUGUUUUUGUUGUGGGUGGACCAGGCACUGGAAAGAGUCAGAUAUUGAAGACUCUUCACAGAACCUACGCAAAUAUGAAGAUGAAAGCAGUAUGGAAUGACAUUAACCCCAAAGCUGUUACCACAGAUGAGCUGUUUGGAUACCUGCACCCUGCUACCAGAGAGUGGAAAGAUGGUCUGUUCUCCUCCACCAUGAGAGAAUUGACUUCCAUUGGCCAUGAUGGACCCAAAUGGAUUGUUCUGGAUGGCGAUAUUGAUCCAAUGUGGAUCGAGUCUCUCAACACUGUAAUGGAUGACAAUAAAGUUCUGACCCUUGCCAGCAAUGAAAGGAUCAGUUUGUCUUCGUCCAUGCGCCUGCUCUUUGAGAUCUCUCAUCUGAGGGCUGCUACUCCAGCAACAGUGUCCAGGGCAGGAAUACUCUACGUCAACCCACAGGACCUUGGCUGGAGCUCAUAUGUGACCAGUUGGAUUGACACUAGGCAGGCCCAGUCGGAGCGAGCUAACCUCACUAUUUUGUUCGAUAAGUAUGUGCCAUACUGCUUAGAACAGGUCCGCUGCAACUUGAAAACCAUCACUCCUAUUCCAGAAAGCAGCAUGGUGCAGACACUAUGCUCCCUCCUGGACUGCCUGUUGACGGAAGACAACACUCCAGCCGACUCUCCUCGAGAACUUUACGAGAUCUACUUUGUCUUCGCCUGCGUCUGGGCUUUUGGAGGCGCUCUCUUUCAGGAUCAUCUGCACGACCACCGAGCCGAAUUCAGCCGCUGGUGGUCCAAAGAGAUGAGAGCAGUAAAGUUUCCUUCACAGGGAACUGUGUUUGACUAUUUUAUCGACUCAGAGACAAAGAAAUUUACACCCUGGAGUGAGAAGAUGUUGCCAUUUGAACUAGAGCCAGAUGUCCCACUGCAGACACUGCUGGUUCACACUCCAGAAACCAUCUGCCUCACCUAUUUCAUGGACCUGCUGCUCCAGAAAGGCAAACCUAUAAUGUUAGUAGGUAUCGCAGGAGUGGGUAAAACCAUCCUGGUGUCUGACAAAGUCGCCAAGCUGAAGGAGGACUACAUGGUAGCAAAAGUACCCUUCAACUACUACACUACAUCAGCCAUGCUGCAACGUGUCCUGGAGAAACCUUUGGAGAAGAAAGCCGGCCGUAAAUUUGCUCCUCCUACAGCUAAAAGGCUCAUCUACUUCAUAGAUGACCUCAACAUGCCUGAGGUGGAUGUUUAUGGGACUGUCCAGCCACACACACUCAUACGACAGCACCUUGACUACAGCCACUGGUAUGACAGACAAAGACUGGUUCUGAAGGAGAUACACAACUGCCAGUAUAUCACCUGUAUGAACCCGACAGCUGGAAGCUUUUCUAUCAACCCCAGGCUACAGAGGCAUUUCUCAGUGUUUGCAGUUCAUUUCCCAAGUGCUGGUGCUUUAGCCACCAUCUUCUCCAGCAUCCUGUCAGCUCACUUCCUCCAGGGGGGAUUCAGCUAUGGGGUUUCACGCUCAGUUGGAACUCUCAUACAGGCAGCUAUCUGCCUACACCAAAAGAUAAGCCAGAACUUCCUCCCAACAGCCAUACGCUUUCACUAUAUCUUCAACCUGCGAGACCUGUCCAACAUAUUCCAGGGCAUCCUGUUUGCCCUGCCAGAGAGUAUCCGUUACCCCAUGGACCUGGUUCACCUGUGGCUCCAUGAGAGCUCCAGAGUGUACUCUGACAAACUAAUGGAGGAGAAGGAUGUGGAACUCUUCAUCAAAAUCCUGCUGGACACAGGCAAAAGAUACUUUGAGGCAAGUGAGGGGCAACAUUUUGUCGGAAUAGACGACUCCAUCUUCAUCCACCAACCUUUGGUAUACUGUCACUUUUCCCAGGGAGUGGGAGAGCCACGUUAUCAUCAGGCUUCAGACUGGGAGAAGCUCCAGAAGACACUGGCUGAUGCUCUGGAGCAUUAUAAUGAGCUGCAUGCUGUCAUGGACCUAGUGCUGUUUGAAGAAGCCAUCCAGCAUAUCUGUCGGAUCAGUCGCAUCCUGGAGGCCCCGUAUGGUAACGCCCUGCUGGUGGGAGUCGGGGGAAGUGGGAAGCAGAGUCUGUGCCGACUGGCUGCCUUCCUGAGCUCGCUUGAAGUUUUUCAGAUCACACUACGUAAAGGAUAUGGCAUCAGUGACCUCAAGAGUGAUUUAUCAGCCUUGUAUAUAAAGGUGGGAGUAAAGAACAUAGGGACAGUGUUUCUUCAUACAGAUGCCCAGAUUCCAGAUGAACACUUCCUGGUGCUCAUCAAUGAUAUGCUGGCGUCAGGGGACAUACCUGACCUAUUCACAGAUGAAGAGGUGGAUAUGAUUGUCACAUCCAUCAGAAUGGAGCUAAGGGGAUUGGGACUCUCAGAUAGCAGGGACAACUGCUGGAGCUUUUUCAUUGAGAGAAUUCGAAGACAGCUCAAGGUCGUCCUAUGUUUCUCACCAGUUGGUUUCACAUUGCGAACACGUGCCCGCAAGUUUCCAGCUCUGGUUAACUGCACUGCCAUAGACUGGUUUCAUUCCUGGCCUCAGCAUGCUCUACAGUCUGUCAGCUCAAAAUUUAUUGAAAAGAUACCCGGGCUAGAGCGCAGUGUUAGCGCAUCUAUUAGUGAGUUCAUCUCCUACGCCCACACGAGUGUCAAUGAGGUGAGCAUCAAGUAUCAGCAGAAUGAAAAGCACUUUAACUACACCACUCCAAAGAGUUUCCUGGAGUUCAUGAAACUGUAUGACAACCUGCUCGGUAAGAAACACACAGAGCUCACCCAGAAGAUGGACAGAUUGGAGAAUGGGCUGCAAAAACUACUGAACACUGCAUCGCAGGUGGAGGAUCUCAAAGCCAAGUUAGCUGUGCAGGAGGUGGAGCUGUGGCAGAGAAACACAGACAUUGAAGCUCUCAUUGCUAAAAUAGGACAACAAACAGAAAAGCUAAACCAAGAAAGAGCUGUUGCUGAUGCGGAGGAGCAAAGGGUGGCAGCCAUUCAAGCUAAAGUGACCAAACAGCAACAGGAGACAGAGGAGGAUCUGGCCAAGGCUGAACCUGCCCUACAGGCAGCCAACACAGCUCUCAAUACACUUAACAGAUUGAACCUGACAGAACUGAGGACAUUUCCCAACCCUCCAGCUAUUGUCACCAACGUCUCAGCAGCUGUUCUGGUGCUGCUGUCUCCCCAAGGCCGAAUCCCCAAAGAUCGCAGCUGGAAGGCCUCAAAGAUGGUUAUGAGCAAGGUGGAUGACUUCCUGCAGGCUCUGGUAAACUUUGACAAAGAGCACAUCCCUGAAGCUACAGUGAGGACUGUGAGAGAGGACUACCUCAGUGACCCGGAGUUCAACCCUGAGUUUGUUCGACAGAAAUCCUCAGCCGCUGCGGGCCUCUGUGCCUGGGUGAUCAACAUCAUACGCUUCCACGAGGUAUUAUGUGAGGUGGAGAUGAAGAGGAUGUGUUUGUCUCAAGCUAAUUCAGAUUUGGCCGAGGCUGCAGAGAAACUUGAGGCCAUCAGGAAAAAACUUGCCGAACUGGAUGGCAGUUUGGAAUCCCUGACAACAGCAUUUGAGAAAGCAACAGCAGAGAAGCUUCGCUUUCAGGAAGAAGUCAACCACACAAACAAGACAAUAGAACUUGCCAAUCGGCUUGUUAAGGGACUGGAGAGUGAGAAUGUGCGCUGGGCCCACUCAGUGGCUCAGUACCACGAACAGGAGGAAACUCUCUGUGGUGACAUCCUCCUAACUGCAGCUUUCAUCUCUUAUGCUGGCUCCUUCUCCAAAAAGUACAGAAGAGAGCUGCUAGAAAAUCUCUGGAUGCCAUUUCUUGGCAGCCAGAAGGUGCCCAUCCCUAUGAUGGGGGACAUAGAUCCUGUGUCAAUGCUGACUGAUGAUGCCACCGUGGCCCAGUGGAACAAUGAAGGCUUACCAGGAGACAAAAUGUCCACUCAGAACGCCACCAUCCUCACUAACUGUGAGCGCUGGCCUCUUCUCAUUGACCCUCAGCUGCAGGGUAUCAAGUGGAUCAAGAGUCGCUAUGGUAACAGCCUCAAGGUUGUCAGCCUAGGACAGAGAGGAUAUGUUGAUGUCAUUGAACAGGCUGUAGUGGCAGGUGACACUGUUCUCAUUGAGAACCUUGAGGAGACUAUUGACCCUGUUAUUGACCCUCUUUUGGGGCGACAUACAAUCAAGAAGGGCAGCUGUAUAAAGGUUGGCGACAAAGAGUGUUUCUUCCAUCCGGGCUUCAGGCUAAUACUUCACACUAAGUUGGCUAAUCCUCACUACAAGCCAGAGAUUCAAGCCCAGACCACCCUGAUCAAUUUUACUGUGACCAGGGAUGGACUGGAGGACCAGCUCCUUGCACAAGUUGUGAAUCAGGAGAGACCAGAUCUUGAGCACCUAAAGAGUGAACUAACCAAGCAGCAGAACAUGUUUAAGAUUGAGCUGAAGCUUCUGGAGGACGAGCUGCUAACCAGGUUGUCUGCUGCAGAGAGUAACUUCCUUGGCGACAAUGUGCUGGUGGAGAAACUUGAAACCACAAAGCACACAGCUGCCGAAAUUGAGAUGAAGGUCCUCGAAGCUAAAGUUAACGAAGUGAAAAUAAACGAGGCCCGAGAACACUAUCGCUCUGUUGCUGUCAGAGCCUCUCUGCUUUACUUCAUCAUGAAUGAUCUCAACAAGAUAAAUCCUAUGUACCAGUUCAGCCUCAAGGCGUUUAAUGUUGUUUUCCACAAGGCGGUGGAGAUGGCGGAGGCCUGUGAGGAUGUAAAAAGCAGAGUAAACACACUGAUAGACUGUGUUACAUACUCUACCUUCAACUACAUAAGCCGGGGUCUCUUUGAAAGAGAUAAGCUCACCUUCACGGCACAGCUCGCCUUCCAGUUGCUCUUGAUGAGUAAGGAGAUAGACGUGCGCGAGUUAGACUUCCUGUUACGUUUCAACAUUGACCACCAUUACAUAAGCCCUCUUGACUUUCUGUCCAAUUCCGCAUGGAGUGCCAUCAAGGUGAUGAGUUUUACUGAUGAGUUCCGUGGUCUGGACCGAGACAUUGAGGGUUCACCAAAGCGCUGGAAGAAACUGGUGGAGUCCGAGUGUCCAGAGAAAGAAAAGUUUCCUCAGGAAUGGAAGGGCAAAAGUUCCCUGCAAAAACUGAUCAUGAUGAGAGCCCUGAGACCAGACCGCAUGACCUACGCUGUGAGGAACUUUGUGGAGGAGAAGCUCGGGACGAAGUAUACAGAGGGCCGAAAGACUGAAUUUGCUAAAUCCUUCAGAGAAAGUGGUCCUGCCUCUCCUGUGUUUUUCAUUCUCUCACCUGGAGUGGACCCACUAAAAGAUGUGGAAUCACUGGGAAGGAAGCUGGGUUUCACUAUAGACCUUGGAAAGCUUCACAAUGUCUCACUGGGUCAGGGACAGGAAACUGUGGCUGAGAUAGCGAUGGAGAAGGCUUCCAAGGAGGGUCACUGGGUUAUAUUGCAGAACAUUCACCUGGUUGCUCGCUGGCUUGGUGCUCUUGAGAAGCUCCUCGAGUUCUGCUGUGAGGACAGUAACCCAGACUAUAGAGUGUUUAUGAGUGCUGAACCAACAUCAACACCCCAAGAACACAUUAUACCACAGGGUAUUCUGGAAAAUGCUAUCAAGAUCACCAAUGAACCUCCUACAGGCAUGCAUGCCAAUUUGCAUGCUGCUUUGGAUAAUUUUGAUCAGGAUAUUUUGGACCAGUGCAGCCGUGAGCAGGAGUUCAAGACCAUCCUUUUCUCUCUGUGUUACUUUCAUGCCUGUGUUGCAGAGAGGAGGAAAUUUGGGCCCCAAGGGUGGAACAGAAAGUAUCCAUUCAACACUGGGGAUCUUACUAUAUCUGUUAACGUUCUUUACAACUACCUUGAGGCUAAUGCACAGGUACCAUGGGAGGACCUAAGGUAUCUGUUUGGGGAAAUCAUGUAUGGGGGACAUAUCACUGAUGACUGGGACAGACGCCUCUGCAGAACCUACCUGGAAGAAUACAUGCAGCCCAACCAGUUUGACCGGAAACUUUCCUUGGCACCUGGGUUUGUGGUCCCUUCCAAUCUGGACUACCAGGGGUAUCACGACUUCAUAGAUGAAAUGCUACCACAUGAAAGCCCUGCGCAUUAUGGGUUGCACCCCAACGCAGAGAUUGACUUUCUUACAGUGACGUCAGAUAGCCUCUUUCACACUCUAUUAGAGCUUCAGUCUCCUGAUGCGGUGAUGGGGGAGGGUGCUUCACAGACCCUGGAGGAGAAGGUGAAAUCUAUUUUAGAUGAAGUCCUAGAAAAGCUACCAGAAAACUACAAUAUGUCUGACAUCACAUCCAAAACAGCCGAACGGUCCCCGUAUAUCCUAGUCUGCUUCCAGGAAUGUGAGCGCAUGAACAUGCUCAUUUAUGAGAUACGCCGCUCACUGAAGGAGCUGGACCUGGGACUCAAGGGUGAACUUGCUAUGUCAUCUGAGAUGGAGAAGCUUCAGACAGCCUUGUUCUUUGACUAUGUCCCUGAUACCUGGACCAAACUGGCCUACCCAUCUACCUACAGCCUGGCUAUAUGGUACAAUGAUGUGAUGCAGCGUUGUAAAGAGCUGGACAGCUGGACUCAGGACUUGUCUCUACCUAGUGUCAUCUGGCUCUCUGGACUCUUCAACCCACAGUCCUUUCUCACUGCGGUGAUGCAGUCUCUGGCACGCAAAAAUGAGUGGCCUCUGGAUAGAGUUAAUCUUACAGUAGAUGUGACCAAGAAGUUUAAGGAAGAUUUCAACCAACCUGCCAGAGAAGGAGCAUAUGUGUAUGGGCUUUACAUGGAAGGUGCCAGAUGGGACACUCAGACUGGUGUGAUCACUGAAGCUCGUCUGAAAGAGUUGACGCCAGCCAUGCCUGUCAUAUCUGUCCGUGCCGUACCCAAUGACCGCCAAGAGACCAGGAAUAUCUAUGAGUGUCCACUGUACAAGACCAAAAUCAGAGGACCCACAUAUGUAUGGACUUUAAGUCUCAAAACAAGAGAACGACCUGCUAAAUGGGUGCUGGCUGGAGUGGCCCUUCUGCUCAGUGUUUAG